GUUCCACGAAUGACGCUGUCGCUUCCAUCAUUACAGUACCCCUCCUUGUGGGAUUGGCAGAUAUCGCCGGGUUCUUUCGCGGCCACUCCUCAGACCCUCAUUGGUGCUGACGGCUGUGAGACUCUGAUACCGUCAAAUUUGAUUGCCAUCGAAACACUUCCCCUCCGACAAAUUCAGCGUAUCAUUGGCUCCAGCGGGCUUGAGCCGGUGUCAGCAGAGUAUCCAAUAGCGCUGAUUGUUGAGUACAUGGUUGAAGUGGUGCCAAUCGGGCACUCGCUUGGCCAGAUACUGUACAGUCUUCCACUAGCGCCAGGCGAAUCCGUUAGCCUCGCAGUUUUGGACUGGCGAAGGAAUGACAGUGGGACACGUGGUAAGGCUACAAAGUUGGAUGAAGGUCUAGUGCAUGACCAGGCGAGAGAUCGCACCAUCACUGAACUGCUCAGUGGAGCUAUCGAUGAAUGGCAACGAGGUGGCUCUGUCGUGGGAGGCAUCUCGGGCGGUGGUGGAGCUUCUGCCUCAAUGGGUGCGAUGGGAGCUUCUGGAGGAGACAUGGCUUCUCUCGGAGGAGCGUACACUACCUCCAGCGGAACUCGAGACAUCUCAGUCUCAACGAUGCAGAAGGUCGUGGACAAAGUCCACCAAGCGAGCAACGCUCUCCGCGCGCUGACGAGUACCGUUGUUGUCAAUACAGACCAGCAGGAAAAGCAAGCUGUCGAGACUCGCUCGUUCGCAAACAACAACCGAGGCCACACCAUGACUAUUCUGUACUACGAGAUACUUCGCCAUUUUCUCGUCACCAUCAAAUUCAACGGAGUGUGUGAGGGACUACUUAUUGACAGAGACAAGUUCUCAUGGAGGAAGAAGCAGGAACCUAUACCCCGAGAACCUCCGGAAGGGCCAAGGCCUCCUUUGUGGUCCUUCACCAACAACAGCUUUCUCAUAGCGAAGCGGCACAUCCUACAGCCUGCACUCCUUGACACAACAUUGAACCCAGCGGCUUUCGAUGCGUUGGUCCGCCUACAAGUUCAUUCUCGGCAGGCCUGGAUCAAUCGGCCUCCACCACCACAGUGGGCUGGCGAGCUUCGUUUUAGCUCCUUCAGUGUCCAUGUGGGAAUCGCAGAGGAUAGUGAGAGCCAAAAUACGAUCUUCCUCAAGAUCAAGUAUUUUGAUGGUCGUCUAGAGCAGCUAUCCUGGACAGUCAAUCCCGAAGGUGUUGGACCUUUCCUCACAAACAUCAAUGAUACCAACAUGGGUUUGAGAUUUGGGAAGAAGGAGUCCCAUCUAAGAAGACGGUCCCAUCUAAGAAUACGGUCCCAACCCUUUGUUCCUGGAUCUGGGCGGAAAUGGGGAGACCUUCAUCAGUUCAAUUUCGCCGUUGCCGACGGGGAUCGGUUGGCUUCUUGGAACUUUCUCGAGAUUGUGGGUAUUGUUGAAGGCGGCGUACCCAUAACUCUCUUCGGUCCCACACAAGGGACUUGGAAGAUGGAGAAGAAGCUAGACGAACAGAGUGUCGAUAUCAUACGUCCCCCAGAUGUCCCGCCUCCACCACCGCCUGACAAGUCACCUGAGCAGUCACUUUCGCCAGAGGAAUACAACUUGACAGAAACGCUCAAAGAUCACCUCUCAGUGGAGCAGGAAUACUACAAUCGGGUCCUCGACCUUUCAAUCCAACCACAAACGUAUGCCGCCGAAUUUGAGGGCUUGCCACUCGAAGUGCCGCCAGGAGGGAACCUUUUGGAUCAUGCAAGUCCAACACCGCUCGAACUAUUUGGAAAUAAGAUUGCUUUCCCAAGGAUCCGAUCCGAGGCCUCGGAUCGCAACAAGAUUGCCAUCAAGCAAUUGUUCCAACCUCAAUUGCAAGCUGAACAAAGACUUAUCACGAUUCCAACGAGGGGAGUAUUUGCCGAGGCGAAACUAGGCCAUUGUAAUGUUGCCGAGGAGAUUGACGGCACUCAGUUCUGGCAAUGGGAUGAGCAUCCAUUGCCAGAGAACGCUCCCGAGAUCGCACCCGUUCAAACAGUCACACCAGAGAACAAUCCGCCGGGUUUGGCCCCAACCAGUUUUCCAGCGCCGAUCGUCAACAUUCAAGAGCCUCCCGCAGCACCAGACCCACCGGUACCGCAGCCAUUCUCAGGGCCUUGACCACGCCAGACGUCUUUAGAAACAUGUCUGGUGCUCAACAAGUCCAAGACAUGCUGAACAGCCUAACUGAGGGAGCUGUAGCACUGGCGUGCAGGCUGGACGGCGGACCCUUUAUCUCUGCUGCGAGAUGAACGCCAAAUUAACUCGCCCGGACAUCACCACGUAAGUCAAGAGUUUUAUGCGAAAGAAACCUGUGUUUGAGAAUUUUCUGAAGCCGCCGGGUAAUCAGAACAUCCUCGAUGCCGCUGCUGAUGGGCCUUUUAUUAUGCUCAAUCA